CCGUUUGUUCUUGUUCGUCAUUCGUCUCAGUCCUUUCUGCAACUCCUUGAAAUCUCCACCAGUAUUUUCAUUUUCUUUCAAAGCAAUUCAAGAACAAUCCUCUCCGUUGCACGAUGUCUCUGAUCCACUUCUCAAUCUCUCCUACCACUUCCGUUCGCUCCUCGCCCUCCUUCUUCCCCAGCUCGCCAUUGCACUCCUUCGUGCCCUCCUCCGUCGCCAAAGACUCAUUCUCUAUUUCUUCUUCGUCUAAGCUCUUUAACUCAAGCUCAAGAAGCAGAUUUUCACUGUAUUUUAAGGAUGAUGUGAAGAGAAGCGGUUGGGUUUUCACUGUGAGGUCGAGCUUGGAUACCGUGGGUCCUACAGCUACCGUGGGACAGGUUACUGAGGUCACAAAAGACACCUUCUGGCCCAUCGUCAACUCCGCCGGCGAAAAGAUUGUCGUCCUUGACAUGUACACUCAAUGGUGUGGACCUUGUAAAGUGAUAGCUCCCAAAUUUAAAGAUUUGUCAGAGAAGUACCUUGAUGUUGUCUUCUUAAAGCUUGAUUGCAACCAAGAUAACAAGCCAUUGGCAAAGGAGCUGGGCAUAAGGGUGGUGCCUACUUUCAAAAUUCUCAAGGACAGUAAGAUUGUAAAGGAAGUGACUGGAGCCAAAUUUGAUGAUUUGGUGGCUGCCAUAGAGGCUGUUAGGUCCAGCUGAAUCUGCUUUCUCCUGUCAAAAAGUAAACUACUCGAUAACAAAAGGACCAAGGACCAACGUGCGCUUCAACAUAUGAAAAAUAAUGAUGUGUGAUUGCAUGUAUCCAUUGAACCUUAUUUUUAUGGUGAGAUUAUGUUUGCUUCUGGGAGGAAAGAAACGAGGUAUGAAAAAAAGAAAAACUAAAUCUUUUCAGUUGUUUCUAUUUUCCCUGAAGAAGCAGUAGUAUCUAUGAAAAGGGAAUGAUGUAAAUGCCAAUGAAUGAAUCUUUUUUAAUUAA